AAAUUAAAUGGUAAAUGACGCCGACCGCCAACCAAAACAAAAUUCAUUGUUGGAGACUUUUCUUCUCUAUGCUGCAAGUGCAGGCCACCAAAAAAGACUCCCCCUUGUCCUAACACCCCCUCCCCCCUUCCACCCCUCUUUCCUUUCUCCUCAAAUUUCUCUCUGAAAUUCUUCAACUUCACUUGAGUUUUCAGUUUUCAGACUUGCUUUUUGAUUUUUAUUUUUCCAUAAAAAGACACCCUUUUGGCUUUCUUGGUUGUGGGAUUGUUGAUUGAGCUGAAAAUUUGAGGAAGAGACCCUUUUGGCUUUCUUGGUUUUGGAAUUAUUGGUUGAGCUGAAACAUUGAGGACUUAUUAUUAUUAUAGCCACUGCCUGCUGGAAGUUCUUGCCGUGAAGAGAGAAAAUGUCAGGAGGAGGUACACAGAACAGCUUAAGAAAAACCCUUGGAGCACUUAAGGAUACAACUACUGUCAGUUUAGCUAAAAUUAAUAGCGGCUAUAAGGAAUUGGAUAUUGCUAUAGUUAAGGCAACAAAUCAUGUUGAACAACCAGCAAAGGAGAAGUACAUAAGAGCCAUUUUUUCUGCCAUUUCGGCUACCAGGCCUCGAGCUGAUGUUGCAUACUGCAUUCAUGCUCUUGCAAGAAGAUUGUCGAAGACGCAUAAUUGGGCGGUUGCGUUAAAAACAUUGAUCGUUAUUCACCGCGCUUUAAGAGAGGUGGACCCUACAUUCCAGGAGGAACUUAUUAACUAUGGUCGCAGCAGAAAUCGCAUGCUUAACAUGGCUCAUUUCAAAGAUGACUCUAGUCCAAAUGCAUGGGAUUACUCUGCUUGGGUGCGUUCGUAUGCCUUGUUCCUGGAGGAGAGGCUGGAAUGUUUUCGAGUGCUGAAAUAUGAUGUGGAGACCGAUCGUCCGAGAACUAAAGAUUUGGACACACCGGAGUUGCUUGAGCAGUUACCAGCCUUACAGCAACUUCUGUAUCGUAUUAUUGGCUGCCAGCCACAAGGGGCAUCUGUUCACAAUUUUGUGGUUCAGUUAGCACUUUCAAUGGUUGCUUCGGAGAGCAUUAAAAUCUACAAUGCUAUCAGUGAUGGUACAGUUAAUUUAGUUGACAAGUUCUUUGAGAUGCAACGGACUGAUGCUCUUAGGUCUCUCGAUAUAUACCGCAGGGCUGGUCAGCAGGCUGAGGCACUUUCAGAGUUUUACGAAAUAUGUAAAAGUAUUGACGUGGGACGUGGCGAGAAAUUUAUUAAAAUUGAGCAGCCCCCUGCAUCAUUUUUACAAGCAAUGGAGGAGUAUGUGAGAGAAGCACCGCGAGCUUCUACCGUGCGGAAAGAUUCGGAACCCAAAGUUAUUUUGGCUAUUGAGUACAAAAAGGACCCAGAGGUCAAAGAUGCUGGCUCCCGUUCUCCUCCUCCACCUGAACCUGAAAAAGAACCUGAACCAAAGCCUGAGCCAGUUAAAACGGAAGCUCCGCCGGCAGAACCUGCUGAUCUUUUGUCUUUGGAUGAUCCUUCUCCAGCAGUUGCAGAACUAGAUGAGAAAAAUUCUUUGGCUUUAGCUAUCGUACCAGUUGGCUCUAGCAACCCACCGGCUUCAACUGUUUCAAAUCUUACUAAUGGAGCUACAGGCUGGGAAUUGGCUCUUGUCGAAGCUCCCAGCUCGAAUGAGAGUGCCACUACAGCGAGUAAACUGGCUGGAGGACUUGACAAACUUACACUAGAUAGUUUGUAUGAUGAUGCAAUGAGACAAACCAACCAAAAUGUGAGCUAUAAUCCGUGGGAACCUGCACCAGCAGCUUCUCAAAUGAUGCCAAACGUUGGAUACGACCCGUUCUAUGUAUCAAACAUGGUGGCAGCCCCAACUAAUGUGCAAAUGGCAGCCAUGGCGAACCAGCAACAGGCUUUCAUGUUACAGCAACAACAACAACAUAUGAUGAUGAUGACUCCCCAACCACAACCGUCUGCGAAUCCUUUCGCCAACCCUUACGGAGCAAAUGCCAAUCCAUACGGCCCCGGUAUGCCUGUACAAGCAUAUAAUCCUUAUAAUACUGGCCUCAUUUGAGCAAUUUACAGAGAGAACAUGGUGCUAUAUUCAGCUAUUGAUUUUGAUACUCAGGAAGAUAUUGAAGAAUAGAUUUAUAUCACUGCAGGAGGUAGUGUAAAAUUAUUUGUUAAAUAUUUAGGUAACUUUCUUGGUUCAUUCUUUAUUUGCGAACAUCGCGGGAACGCUCAAUAAUUCUUGACUCAUUUUUCUUCUUCUUCUAAACCUGCUUAUUCUUGGGCUGGAUUUUCUUACUGCCAUUUCUUGGCUCUUUUAUCAGUUCUAAAUUUUUGGUAGCUUUGUAUUGUGAAACAAAUUUGCUUAGUGAUUGUACAUGGUUUGGAUAUGAAAUGUGGUCCUUUUGUAUA